AUGGCCACCGCCAUUCAGAACCCGCUCAAGUCGCGAGGACUUCUACCGCGAGGCCAUCGAGCACUGCCGCAGCUACAACGCGCGCCUGUGCGCAGAGCGCAGCUUGCGUCUGCCCUUCCUGGACUCGCAGACCGGCGUGGCCCAGAACAACAGCUACAUCUGGAUGGAGAAGACCCACCGCGGGCCUGGUCUGGCCCCCGGACAGAUCUACACGUACCCCGCCCGCUGUUGGAGGAAGAAACGGAGACUCAACAUCUUGGAAGACCCCAGACUCCGGCCCUGCGAGUACAAGAUCGACUGUGAGGCACCCCUGAAGAAGGAGGGUGGCCUCCCGGAGGGGCCGGUCCUCGAGGCUCUGCUGUGCGCUGAGACAGGGGAGAGGAAGACAGAGCCGAAGGAGGAGGAGGCCGUCAUGGACUGCCAGAAGCAGCAGCUGCUGGAGUUUCCGCACGACCUGGAGGUGGAAGACUUGGAGGACGACAUUCCCAGGAGGAAAAACAGAGCUAAAGGAAAGGCAUAUGGCAUCGGGGGUCUCCGGAAACGCCAGGACACCGCUUCCCUGGAGGACCGAGACAAGCCGUAUGUCUGUGAUAUCUGUGGGAAACGGUAUAAGAACAGGCCCGGGCUCAGCUACCACUACACCCACACCCACCUGGCUGAGGAGGAGGGGGAGGAGAGCACCGAGCGCCACGCCCUGCCCUUCCACCGGAAAAACAACCACAAACAGUUUUACAAAGAAUUGGCCUGGGUCCCUGAGGCACAGAGGAAACACACAGCCAAGAAGGCGCCUGACGGCACUGUCAUCCCCAACGGCUACUGUGACUUCUGCUUGGGUGGCUCCAAGAAGACAGGGUGUCCCGAGGACCUCAUCUCCUGUGCCGACUGUGGGCGAUCAGGACACCCCUCGUGUUUACAGUUCACGGUGAACAUGACGGCAGCCGUGCGGACCUACCGCUGGCAGUGCAUCGAAUGCAAGUCCUGCAGCCUGUGCGGCACCUCGGAGAACGACGACCAGCUGCUGUUUUGUGACGACUGCGAUCGGGGUUACCACAUGUACUGCCUGAGCCCCCCCAUGGCGGAGCCCCCGGAAGGAAGCUGGAGCUGUCACCUCUGUCUUCGGCACCUAAAAGAGAAGGCGUCUGCCUACAUCACCCUCACCUAAGCCAGCUCUGGCUCACCUGGACCUCUGGGUGGUGCUUGCCCAUCUGCCUCUUGGAUUCCUCCCCUCCCCACCCCCUUCAUGCCCCGUGGUGGGAGCAGGAGACAGAGAGGCCCGAGAGGGGGACAGGCCGCCUGUCCUCUGUGCCAGUGGAACGUCUGCCGUGUGGGUCGGUGGGCCCAGUCGGCCUCGAGCCUUCCUCCCUCCCUCCCUCCCCAUCCCUUGGCAAAUGGGCGCCAGGGGCUUCUGCUCCCAUCAAAGCCAUACCCCGCCUCUAGGCGGGCACAGGGGGGUGGAUGCCAGCCAGGGACAUGGACAGAGCCUUUUUCUAAAGAAAAAGACAAAAAG